AUGGACCAACAACCAACAGUUGUCUCGGAAUACAACUGUGGCACCAACAACGACAGUCGCUUAUACAACUGUUGCACCAUCAAACGUCUGACCAACAACAAACAGUUUGCUGAUACAACUGUCGGGCCAACAACGACAGUCGCUGAUACAACUGCUGGGUUAACAACAACUGUUGCGGAUACAACUAUCGGAACAAAAACAACUGUCGCUGAUACUACUGUCGCACCAACAACUACUGUUGCUGAUACAACUGUGGCACCGAGAACAACAGUUGCUGAUACAACUGUCGCACCCACAACUACUGUUGCUGAUACAACUGUCGCACCAUCAACUACUUUGCUGAUACAACUGUCGCACCAACAACGACAGUUGCUGAUACAACUGUCGCACCAACCAACGACAGUUGCUGAUACAACUGUCGCACCAACAACAACUGUCCCUGAUACAACUGUCGCACCAACAACGACAGUUGCUGAUACAACUGCAGCGUCAACAACAACUGUUGCUGAUACAACUGUCGCAUCAACAACGACAGUUGCUGAUACAACUGUCGCAACAACAACGACAGUUGCUGACACAACUGUCGCACCAACAACGACAGUUGCUGAUACAACUCUCGCACCAACAACAACUGUCCCUGAUACAACUGUCGCACCAACAACGACAGUUGCUGAUACAACUGUCGCACCAACAACAACUGUCGCUGAUACAACUGUCGCACCAACAACAACUGUUGCUGAUACAACUGCAGCGCCAACAACAACUGUUGCUGAUACAACUGUCGCACCAACAACGACAGUUGCUGAUACAACUGUCGCACCAACAACGACUGUUGCUGAUACAACUGUCGCACCAACAACGACAGUUGCUGAUACAACUGUCGCACCAACAACGACAGUUGCUGAUACAACUGUCGCACCAACAACGACAGUUGCUGAUACAACUGUCGCACCAACAACGACAGUUGCUGAUACAACUGUCGCACCAACAACACCACAGUCGUAUAUUACAGGUUUACGUCUUGGUUACGGUGCGGGAGAAGGUGACAGCAUCUCGACGGGUACUGAUGACGAGUGUAACGUUAAACUUAAAACGUCAUAUGACGUUCCUUUCAAAACACAAUCGUUCAGGAACAUAUACGUGUGUGCAAACGGACUUGUUUGCUUUAAUAAGCGUUAUGAGAGUUACACUAUUCCAAUAAAUGGCGAGACCAGCUCCGACUUACGUAAUAUCUAUUGUCUGGCACCCUAUUUCGCUGAUCUAGAUAUGCGAGACACCGGUAAAAUAUUGUACCAGGCUUAUGAUGCUAUACGAGAGGAUGUUUCGGAAAGUAGCGAUGUAUUCACAACAGUAAAAGAACUAAUGUCGAACAUUUACGGGCUAGAUUACAGUCCUGUUUAUAUAUUAAAAGUAACAUGGGAAAAAGCGCCAAGAUAUGGCAGUAACAACGAGACGGUGACUUUUCAAGCAAUCUACGUGACAAAUGGCUUAAGUGCUUACACUUUCUAUAGCUAUGAACCUGAUGGUAUGAACUUUCUAACCGAUCCCCAGUUCAUCGGAAUUCUGGUAGACGGCGCUGCUGAAGGGUUCACUGAUAGCCCAGAUGGCUCUUACCUCCGUAGACCUGACGUCAACCUCAUUUUAGAACCUUACAAAGGGACUGCAACCUUCCAACUAACAUCAGACGAGGAAGAAGAAGGCAAGGAAAACUAUCGCAUGAAAUGCCAGAAAUGGCACAAAUCAGAGAAAUCCCGAAUUGCUUCUUACAGAGCUGAACUUGACAAGAUGCCUCAAUGCCCAUGCGCGGCUUUAUUCCUGGUGUUCGAUAGGCGCUUUAGCCUUGGCUUUCUGUCUUUUGAUUUAAAUGAAAACACUUUCACAGUUCCAGUUUCCCCGAGGAGAGACUAUGCGCCGUAUGGGAAGACAUGUACGUAUAGCGCUUUCACCCGGAGCUUCAUUGGUUCGGGAAGAAAUGCUGGAUCAUUCAACGCUUACAACGAACUAAUAAAUAGCAGACAACACUCACUUCAGGACACCGUCUACAAGAACGUCUGCUGCGAUCAAUCUGACCUUUGUGACCUUUAUUAUGAUGUCAGACCCACACAUAACUGCUAUUCCACGUUUCCAUUCAGAUUUGGUGGAGGUUUCGGAGAUCCUCAUAUUGCUACGUUAGAUGGACGGACGUACACCUUCAACGGUCAUGGCGAAUAUGUUCUCCUUCAGAUAUCGUCUGCUGAUUUCCAAAUUCAAAGUCGUACAGAUCGCGCGGAAAAGUCCGAUGGUUCUGCGUCAGAAGCCACUAUUUUUACAGCGUUCGCCAUCGAGUCUACUGGAGCUUGGCUUCAAGUUGAAAUUAAUAACGAUAAAACUGGAAUUAAUCUGUUUGCCGGCUCUAAUAAGACAAACUGGGCGGAUUAUACAUCAUAUUUUUACGACAAUAGUGUCAGUUUCUCGUACGUGACAGACAGUCUUAGUAUGAGUCGUGAUAAUAACACGCUUGUGACAAGUUUCGCAGAAACAGGCGUAGCGUUCAAUGUUACUAUAGGAAUUGGUCUUCUACAGAUGAGUAUAGGUAUGAACGACGAAUAUGAAUCAUUGACACGUGGGUUGCUAGGCAACUUUAAUGGAAAUGAUGCAGACGACCUUGUACCUCGAAAUGCAGGGACAGCUCUACAAAACUCGGCUUCGGAGAGGCAAAUUUUCGAAAACUUUGGGCAGACAUGGUUAACUUCUGCGGCCCAGUCAAUCUUCAAAUAUGACAACGGUAAGUCGCAUAGUGACUACAGCUUCCCAACUUUCGUACCGAAAUUUCUAGACGAGGCUAAUGAAACCCUCGUGACGGAAGCAACGUCACUUUGCGGCGAGGGCAAAAAUCAGUGUAUAUUCGACUACGUUUUUACUGGAAAUUCUGAUUUAGCAUUGGCGACAACUGCGACAGAAGAUCAAGCUUCUGAAAAUAAUGCUGAUGCAGCAAAUAUCUCGCCUAACGUCACAAUAAACAGCGGGACAAAGACCGUAGACGGACGUAAUUACCUAUAUACUGACGUCAAUAAAGUUUCUACGUUUACGCUUCUCGGCACAGAUGACGGCACGUUAACGUAUGAGUUUGUCAACACGACAGCAGAAGCCAGUCUCGGUACACCGAGUAAUGACGGAACGGUCGACGUCAACGUCCUUAUUCAAAACACGGAUCCAGUUUACGUUAGCGUAACAGCUACUGAUGACCGUGGAGUUAAGGCCCCUGUCGUUGACAUUGUUGUCGUACUUUGCACCGGAUGUAAUAGUCACGGUUCGUGUGAUAAUGACGUUAUCAGGGAGGAUGUUAGAUCUACCGAUGGUUUCAAGUAUGCUACGUGCAUCUGUGAACCGUACUGGACAGGAAUUGACUGUGAGCUUGACUUUGACGGAUGUGAAGUUAACCCUUGCUCGGUGAACCGUACAUGCACUGACAGACCCGCAGAUGAACACAAAGCCAACCCGUCCUUGAAGGCUUACACGUGCAGCCCGUGCCCGACCGGAUAUCAAGAUAUCCAGGAUAAAUGUGAAGAUAUAAAUGAGUGUAAUAAUGAAACAGUGUGUUCUCAAAAGUGUGUGAACACCGCCGGAAGUUAUUACUGUCAGUGUAACAGCGGUUUCCGUUUGGCACAGGACGGAACAAGUUGCAUAGAUAUCAAUGAAUGUGAGGAAUCAACAAGCGGCUGUCAGCAGAUUUGUACAAAUAACGCGGGAAGUUUCGUCUGCUCUUGUUUCCCUGGCUAUACAUUAAAUGUUGCAACUUCAAACUGUGAUAAAGAUGCUGUGGAACCAGUUGGGUGUGAUACAAUUGACUGUUCCAAAGCGGCCGGAUGUACUUUGAAUGACACAAACUCCCCAGUGUGUUUUUGUAACAGCGGAUUUCAACUUCAAAAUGACAACACUUGUGACAAUAUUAAUGAGUGCACUACAGGGGUGUGUUCACAAUCAUGUUCGGAUACUGUCGGCAGUUAUUCGUGUAGCUGCUAUACGGGUUUCAAGUUACAAGACGAUAAGGUGUCAUGUGAAGCAUGCGUGUUCCCAAAUUACGGAGCAAAUUGCGCCAAGACUUGUGAAUGUGGGCGUGGUUCAAGCCGCUGUGACCCGGUUCAGGGCUGUAUCUGUAAGGCUGGAUGGACCGGAACCAGAUGUGACAUAGAUGUGGACGAGUGUCUGGUUCCCAACGUCUGCGGUGACGAGAAUAAAGUGUGCAAUAAUACUAUUGGUUCAUAUAAAUGCACGUGUCGUACGGGAUUUGUUUCCAUCAAUGGAACAUGCACCGACAUUGAUGAAUGUAAUGACGAUGCGUUAAAUGUUUGUGACCAGGUGUGCACAAAUACACUGGGUGGUUUCACGUGCAGUUGUCGGCAAUGGUAUAAUGUGGAUCCGUCUGACCCAAAUAAAUGUGUUGAUUUUGAUGAAUGUACGGCGGAUGUGUCCGGAUGUGAACAGAUUUGUAGAAAUGCUGAGGGAAGAUUUACCUGUGAAUGUUAUUUUGGUUUUCUACUCAAUUCUGACAGGAAAACGUGCACAAAAGUUUCAGAUCCAUGUACCUUAUUUCCGGAUACAAAUUGUUCGGAUAUUUGUAUAGUGGUAGACCAGGCCCCUCAGUGUCUCUGUAGCACCGGGUAUACUCUAGGAGCAGAUAAACAAACAUGUAUUGAUGUGAAUGAAUGUGAUGCAAGCCUUAAUCUAAAUGAAUGCAGUGAUCCGGGUACUUGUGUAAACUCAGACGGUGGGUACGAAUGCUCGUGCAGUCCGGGAUUUAAACUUGAAAAUGAUUUGAGAACAUGCAAAGAAUGUGAUGCAUUCCACUACGGUCUGGGGUGUGCAAAUGAUUGUAAUUGUGGAGUUGGUGCGAGCACGUGCGACUCCGUGACCGGAUGUGUUUGUGAAGCCGGAUGGACCGGGGACAAAUGUGACGCUGACAAAGAUGAAUGUGCCACUUUCCCCUGCACGGGAGACAACGUGCAGUGUAUAAAUACACCGGGUUCUUAUGUGUGUGACUGUCAGACGGGAUAUAAAAAAGAUAUAAAUGGAAUAUGCAAAGACAUAAACGAGUGUUCCAGCAUUAGUCUAAAUGGCUGUAGUCAGAUUUGUACAAACACGGCUGGCAGCUACCAGUGCAGCUGUAAUGCUGGCUUCCAACAAGACGGGAACGCUUGCAAUGAUAUUAAUGAAUGUGAAGGACAAAACGAAUGUUCCCAGGUCUGCAGCAACACUGUAGGCAGCUACAGAUGUUUAUGUGAAGAGGGUUUCAAACUUGAUCUCUCCGACCGAAAAACGUGUAUUCCAUCAGAACAGUGUGACCCGUCUAAUUCCUGCGGCGCCAAUACUGAUUGUGCUGUACUGAAUGGGACUGAAACCUGCUUCUGUAAAGCCGGGUUCAAGUUUGUUGCAGGAUCGAGCACGGUUUGUGAAGAUAUAAAAGAAUGUUCCGAGUUACCCAGUCCUUGUUCUCAGCUAUGUACAGAGCUUCCAGGCAGUUACCAGUGUUCAUGCAACAUUGACGGAUAUAAGUUAGAUGUUGAUCAGUCAACGUGCAUAGUUUGCCCAGAUGGUACGUUCGGAAAUGAUUGCCUACAGAACUGCACAUGCGCAGUUGGUUCAACACUAUCAUGUGACACAGUAACUGGCGCGUGCAACUGUAAGUCUGGAUGGACCGGAAGUCAAUGCAGCAAUGACAUCGACGAAUGCCGAGAUCCAGCAGUGCACCAGUGCCCGGAUAAUUCACAAUGUGUAAAUUCACAGGGGUCAUUUUAUUGUUCUUGUGACGUUGGAUACAUCAAAUCAGGAAAUGGAUCUUGUCAAGUAUGUGAAAGUACAAACUGGGGAUCCAAUUGUGAGAACACUUGCACGUGCGAUGUUGCGAAUACACAAAGCUGCGAUCCUGUUGAUGGAAGUUGCACGUGCAAAACUGGUUGGAAAGGAACAACAUGUUCCACAGAUGUAAAUGAAUGUGAUUUGAAUCCAAGUAUUUGUGGUGACGUACUUAAAACUUGUGAAAAUACACCCGGCUCUUUCACGUGCAACUGUAUCGGUGGUUAUACAAUAAACAAUCUGGGCACUUGUAUAGAUAAUGACGAGUGUUUGCUUGGCACAUCAUCUUGUCUCUACCAGUGUACAAAUACACCCGGCUCGUUUGAGUGUUCAUGCUUCCCUGGUUAUACCGGAACCGGAAAUAGUUGUACACCAUGUACCGUUGGUAACUGGGGUGUGCAGUGUGUAAAUACAUGUAACUGUAAUGUGACAUACACGACCAAGUGUGAUCCUGCAACAGGGUGUCAAUGUACUUCCGGUUGGACAGGAGUCACGUGUUCCGAGGACAUCAAUGAAUGCACUGAUGGUUCGAGCACAUGCCCACGUGACUCCACCUGUGUUAACACGCCGGGAAGCUACGAGUGUCCAUGCAAUACUGGUUACAAGAGUGAUAAUAAUUCAUGUACAAAAUGUUCGGAUAACACGUAUGGAGAUGAAUGUGCAAAUUCCUGCGACUGUGUCAACAGCAACGCCAUUAUUUCUAGUCAGUCUUGUAAUCACGUGACCGGAACAUGCGAAUGUCAGUCAACGUGGACUGGUUCCCGUUGCGAAACUGAUGUCGAUGAAUGUGCUGCUGGAACCAGUAAUUGUGACUCAGUUUCAAACCGAGGCUGCCAUAAUACGAUUGGUGGAUUUCAAUGCUCCUGUUUUGUCGGAUAUGAAGUCAACAACAAUGGCGAUUGUGUUCAGAGUACAACAACAACUCCUACACCUACCCCUGCUGGAGAAAUAAAGAUCGACUUAAACAUUACUCUUAACUACACAGUGCCGACACAAUCUGACCUUAGAGUUACAGCUACAUUUAAUUAUUAUGCUGCAGAAGUCAGGACUGGACUUCUUCAAUUCUUCCAAGCAACAAUGGGUAGCAACAUAAAAGACAUUAGAGUGCUGACUUUAGCCAGAGGAGGUAUUGUUGCUGAUGUUGACGUGUUGAUCAGCGAUAGUAACGCGGCAUCACAACAAUUUUCACGUGCUGUCUACAGCCUGGUUACCGGCAGCACUGUGAGUGUGUUUGGAGCUAAUACUGUUGCUGAGGGGCUCACUAUAGGGCAGGAAACCAUCGAUAUUUCUGGCGACAGUAAGAAGUCUGUGCUAUGUACAGCUUUCUAUGAAGCGAGAGGUAGACAGUGUGCUGCUAAUGAAGAAUGUGUCAUAAAAAAUGACAGCCCCUUGUGCGAACCAACACAGACGUCUGAUAAUUUCCCUCUGGUGAUAGGACUUGGUGUCGGUGUACCACUGUUCCUGAUUACCGCCCUUGUUAUUGCAAUAAUUAUUAUAUAUGCUGUAAAGAACAACAAGAAAAAGCGCUACCAUACCGAAGAAUUCAAUGACAGGGGCUCUUUCAACAACGGGUUCUUCCCCAAUACUAUACCGACUAAAAUUAGUACAUGGGGCCGAAAUAAUCCCGUGGGUCGGCUAUAUGGUCCCCAGACCUGGGACGACGAAUCAAUGUCAAGGUCAACUGACGACGGCAAACAUCAUAGAAGUCGGAGAGAUAAUGAUUUUAUGCGGGCCGAUGAAAUGUAUUCAUACGACAAUGCUUUGACGUCAAAUUUCUCCUGGGAUUUUCUCUACAAUUAUAUUCAUCCACAUGAAAGAUACGAAAUAGCACGGCCGCAACAUGAACAACAUCCUCAUCCGGUGUUUACGCAAUAAAUCAUGCAUUGAAAACAGACAUCAAAAAACAGGGUUUUUAAAAUCCUACAAUAGUGAUAAAGUGUGAUAUAUUUAACGUUUAAUUAAAUAUGACUGACAAUUCAGAGUUUUAAAAUAGAUGUGCGAAGACUGUAAAUAAAACAUUCACAGGCAGUGACUGGACUUCCUGCAAAAGAAAAGCUAUGCUCGUGCAAAGUGUGUACUAGGUAAAAUGCACAGAUGUUUUGUGAGUUUUGUGGAAUGUUCAAUCGGUGUCAGUAUGGUUUUUGUUGCCAAAGCCACACGAAAAAGUACACAUGGUGCGAAUUCGUCGCCGUAGUAUAAAAGCAGAUUGAACAUUUUUAUAAAUUAAAUGAAAGGAUAAAUGUAUGUGUAUUAAUUAUAUUUUAUUGAUGGUUAAUGUCCAUAUUCGAAUGAAUAGCUUGAUUAUAAAGGUAGACGUAAUAGAUUGCAAGGUUAUUCAAAUGUGAACAGGUGCAUGAUCUAGUUUUUCGUGACUGACGUUUCGAUAUAUAAUGUUAUAUGCAUAUAUUUGUAAUAAAUGGCAGGGUAAAUGUGUGUGAAACUAACUAACCCCUCACCAAUUAUAGUGCACUUGGUACAGUCAAUAUAAUAUUUUAGUUUUGGGUAUAACUGCAUUAUUAUUUUAGACUUACCGCGGCAUCAAACUAUUCUACUGCAAUCAGUGGAUAUAAACCGCACGAUUUUCACGUUAUAAUAUAAAGCGAAAUGCGCAUGCGAAAAAUGCUCACUUUUAAUGUUUUUUUGCACCAAUUUAUUCAGACUUUUAACCUUGGUUAAAAAAGUUUUAUCAUUUUUUAUAUGCAGAGAGCUUCUUUACAAAUACAUGUAUAUUGUUUUCCUAAUAAAAUGCCAUAAUAUAUGUUUAUUUUUAUAUAAAAUGUAAAUAUUAUAUUUUGAUUAAUUCUCUCAUUGUUGAAGAGUUAUCUAGAUUGUCUAGAGUUAUCUUGAUUUUAUGAUGCUACUCCUCUGUGUUAUGUUUGUAGAGUACCCCACCCCCUAGCCCCACCCCAAAUCAUGUUUUAUUUUUUAUAUGUGUGCUUUUGCUAUGGUUAUUAUCUUUUUAUCAAUAGCUUUAUAAUGGUAUGUUUUAAGCUGACCUUUAUCUGGGACAAAUUCUUUUUGUCCCAGCCUUUAUAUAUAUUUCAAAUAUCUGCAUUUUUUGCAGAAUGUAAAACUCAUUUUUACAAUUUUAUGAUACAUUUCUAUUUAACUUAUAUCAAAUUGUUUCCAUUUUUUAUACAUGUUAAAUUAUGUAAAAAGUAUAUAAUACUCAAACUUUAUUAUAAUUAUAUUUAUGCAAAAAAGAAAAUAAAA